UUUCCCCUCUUGUCUGGGGGUCAGAGGAGAAGAGCAGAGAAUGUCCAGCGCAGCAGGGAACCAGACCUCCUCUGGGACCACAGAGGACUAUUCCUACGGCAGUUGGUACAUCGAUGAGCCCCAGGACAGCCAGGAGCUGCAGCCUGAAGGGGUAGUGCCCUCUUGCCACCCCAGUGUGCCGCCUGGCCUCCUCCAUACCAGCUUGGCCGUGCUGUCGGUGGUUGUGUUGCUGCUGCUGGCCCUGCUGGUGAGGUGCCGGCAGCUCUGGCCCCAUGGCGGACACAGCAGGUCCGGGCUGCCCAGCCCUGUGGACUUCCUGACUAUGGAUGGGCCCUGGACCGUGCCCGCUGCUAUCUUUAUGGUCCUCUUCAGCUCCCUGUGUCUGCUGCCCUCGGCUGAGGCCCCGCUGCCCUUCCUCACCCUGACUUCACCAUCCAGCCGAGAUGGAAAAACUGAGGCUCCAAGAGGUAACUGGCUCAAGAUCAGAGAGCUGAUACUAGUCAGAGCCUGGAUUUGAACACCAGGCUCUUGCCUACUGAACCACCUGAGGGACUUGGAAGAUGGA